GUACUUUUUCUCGUAGUUUUGUGGGGCUCCAGCAGAACAAAGUGAAAUUUUCAGCAAUUUCUCUCACUCUCACACCCCAGAUCGCGACGUGGUGAACUUAUUCAUAUGAUUUGUCACCCCGCGAUCGGUUUUUCGAGUGUGUAGCGCGCGCGUGUGUGGUGUGUGUUGUUGAUUGCGGGGGCGCGCAGUGUGUGUCGCGAUGGGGAAUAAUUGCUGCACAAAGCGGCAUCAGCAGGACUUCGCCGUGGCCACGGCUACAGGCUACAAAAUGAACGAAGCGGCCUUCAUGCCGCACGCUAAGCAGCUGAACAGCGGCUCAUUGGAGUACCGUUACACACCGGAUCCUAACAUUGUGCAGUUGAAGCUCACGGCCAAGAGUGGCGUGGACAUCAUUCGGCCGCUCACGAUUCCCGGCCAUGGCGCCGGCAGCGUGAAGAGGCGCAUCGUGGUGGCGCUAUACAACUACACGGCGCGCGAGGAGACGGACGUGAGCUUCCAGAAGGGCGACCGAAUGGAGGUGCUGGACGACACGGAGUCCGACUGGUGGCGCGUCGUGCACCUCACGAGCCGCCGCGAGGGGCUCAUUCCGUGGAACUUUGUCGCCGAAGAGCGCAGCGUCAACAGUGAAGACUGGUAUUUCGAGAACGUGUCGCGCAAGGAGGCGGACAAGCUGCUACUAGCGGAAGAGAAUCCUCGCGGAACAUUCCUGGUGCGCCCGUCUGAGCACAAUCCCAACGGAUUCUCUCUGUCGGUAAAGGACUGGGAGAACACGCGUGGCUUCCACGUGAAGCACUACAAAAUCAAGCCACUGGACAACGGGGGCUUCUACAUCGCCACCAAUCAGACGUUUCCGUCCCUUCCGGCCCUCGUUAUGGCUUACAGCAAAAACGCUCUUGGUCUGUGUCACAUCCUGUCGCGUCCGUGUCCAAAGCCACAGCCGCAGAUGUGGGAUUUGGGCCCGGAGUUGCGCGACAAGUGGGAGAUUCCACGCUCGGAGAUCCAGCUGAUCCGGAAGCUGGGUCGCGGCAACUUCGGCGAGGUGUACUACGGCAAAUGGCGCAACAGCAUUGAUGUGGCCGUGAAGACGCUGCGCGAGGGCAGCAUGUCGACACAGGCGUUCCUCGAGGAGGCGGCCAUCAUGAAGAAGUUCCGUCACAAUCGUCUGAUCGCGUUGUACGCCGUGUGCUCACAGGAGGAGCCCAUCUACAUUGUGCAGGAGUACAUGUCCAAGGGCAGUCUGUUGGACUUCCUGCGCACGGGCGAGGGGCAGUUUCUGCAAUUUGCCGAUCUCAUCUACAUUGCGGCACAGAUUGCCAGCGGCAUGGAGUAUCUGGAGAGCAAACAGCUGAUCCAUCGCGAUCUGGCGGCCCGGAAUGUGUUGAUUGGCGAAAACAACAUUGCAAAGAUCUGCGACUUUGGACUGGCGCGUGUGAUUGCGGACAAUGAGUACUGUCCGAAGCAAGGUUCGCGCUUCCCGGUGAAGUGGACGGCACCAGAGGCGAUCAUCUACGGCAAGUUCUCCAUCAAGUCGGACGUGUGGUCGUUCGGCAUUCUGCUAAUGGAGCUGUUCACCUAUGGCCAGGUGCCGUAUCCCGGCAUGCACAGCCGCGAGGUGAUAGAACAGGUAGAGCAGGGCUACAGGAUGCCACAGCCGGCGGGCUUCAAUCUGCCCACGGAGAUCUAUCACCUGAUGCUGCAGUGCUGGGACAGAGUUCCCGAGAAACGGCCAACCUUUGAGUUUCUCAAUCACUAUUUCGAGAACUUCACUGUGACAUCGGAGGUACCGUACCGGGAAGUUCAUUAGACACAACAAUCACACACACACCCACACAGAUCACUCUAUCGACUGGUUUCCCGGCCACUGGUGUCUCCUUGGUAAGCAACUGUAUUGGGUGAUUUUCCCAUUUUAAAUCACAAAAGUGUUCACGUUUCCCGGAGUUCAGCAGAUUUCCAUGGCAAGAAAUCAUUAAUAAAUACCGACAAUUUAGACAUAAUAGAUUCUAUAUAUUUCAAUUUCACUUCACAAGCAAUUUAAUGUUUUUUUUCCCGAAUGAAAGGAAACGUGAAUUAUUUUUUGCAUCUCUACAUACAAUUCCAUGAAACAAAUUCCUGAUAAAAACCACAGACUGAGCAGAUUUCAGAAAGACUUAUUUUAAGUGAAUUCUCAAAGAAUGCCGUCAUAGUAUUUACAAUAAGAAUUAAAACCAGUGUGUAUUUAUCCACAGAGGCUAGAAUAAUUUGAUUUUCAUUUGAUUAAUUAAAACUGAAGAAAUAUGUGGAUAUGCUUAAUGGGAAAAUGAUGCAGUAAAACAGUUGCUUUGUAGUGAAUUGACGGUAAAAUUAAGAAUCUUUCCCUCGACUUUUCCCAUUUUUUUGCGGAAGGACUUUAUAUUUUAAGACUUCUUUAUUUUUAAAAGACUACUUUUAAUGCGCAUUUACCCAAGUGAAAAUAUUAUAUUGUAAAGUUAGACGUUUUCAUCAUUUAUUCUAUUUUAUAAAAAAAAACUUGUAAUUUUACUUUAUACAAAUAUAAAUAUUUAUUUUAUAAGAAUUAUAUAAUUGUAUUUAAAGAGAUGAAAAGAAGUGAAAGAAAGAUCUAAUAUUAUUGUAAAACCAUCGUUAAUUAGUGAAAAAGAAAGUGAAGAAAAAAAUGAAAAAUCCAAAUCUCCAUGCCAAAAACAAGAUUUUAAGAAAAGCACACGCAAAAGCUAAAAAAACAAUGUGAAUAGAAAUUGGACGCUAUUUCUCGACUUUAUCACACAUUUUUCUCAAGAAAAGGGGAAAUAAAAAACCGAUUUCUUAUCGAUAACGUUAAUUUAAAUGUUUCGUCUCAAGUGAGAGCACAAAUUUUGAUGGUGGAGAAAAGCAAAAGUAAUCAUACAAAGAUUAAAAGCCGCGAAAAAGUAGUUUUUACAUUUUGACACUAGAAAUAAUUUGAAAAAGAUAGCAAAAAAUGGCUGAUUGAACAUAAUCGUUCAUUACAAUAUCCACAUUCAAAACCGAAAGGUGAAAAUACAAAGAUUUACAGUGAGAAUAGAACGAAAUAACUACUAAAUAGAGGCAAAACAUAGCAUUUGUAUUUGUAUAAAAAUAUAUAUACAUGUAGAGACUAAAAAGAAAUGAUAAUCGUAAUUGUGUAAUCCAAACUUUUUUAAUAAGACGUGUCGUGAAAUGAUUUUUUAAUUAUGAAUCAGAACAAGAAAAAAACAAUACACAAAGAUUAUGGCUUUCAUUGCAAAUUGAGGCACAAAAACACAAGUAUUUUCGCAUUCAAAAAAAAAAGUAAACAAAGAUUCUAGUCAGAAGAAGAAACUCACACACGAACAUCACGAAUUGAUAACGUUAAUAAAGCGAAACAUGACACUGUUUUUCUUUUGGAUGUUGAGCAUUUCCUUUUCGACACAUGAACAACACAAUCUCUCUUCUACCCAGUUUCAAUCGUGACUAUUAUCUAUUGUACACACAGAAAGACACAUUUUUUAGAAAUAAAGUAAAUUAGAAGUAAAUAUAAUUUUUGGCUUUCACUCAUCGUUGACAGGAAAUUUUCAAAACUGUUGUAUUUUUGAAGUAAUUGCCCUCUAGAUUUAGCAGGUAUUUAAACCAACAUAUUCAAAUUAACCUCAAAGUGGAAACAAUGACUUUAGCGCGAAAAAAAGGCAUUUGUCUCACGACUUACGAAGAACAUCUUGAUUAUCUCAUGACGCAGUCUGAGCCCGGUUCAGAAUCUUAUUUGUAAUUUACCAGUUACAAAUAAGUUUUUAAAAUAUAUACUGCCACGAUAUUAUGAUCAUCAUGCUUUAUAAAUCCACCAAUGAAAAUUCAGAAAAAAUCUUGCAAUUAAAGAACAAAAAACAGUAAGAAUUUUCUCUUUAGUAUUUUUUUUUCUUAUUUUUACUAAAACUACACCUGAAUUACAUCUUUACAUAGUUCUUGUUGAGAAUUGAUCCUAAAGAGACUUCUGUGAACAAAAAAUACAUUUUUGACUUUUUCUCAAGUACGUAAUUCAUAAAUUACACAAAUUGCAUUUCGAAAAACUUCUAUAUUUCUUUUCACCAGCUUUGUGAUUCCGCAUGAAAAAAUACCCUUAUCUUAUCGACAUUAUUAAACUAAUAGCUCUUCAGCGCUACUCAAAUAAAAUUA